GUACGUUUAUACUCCUUAGUUAUGUUUGCGCAGUAGCAUGCAUUAGGUACAGAAUGACAAGGCUUCACAAUGAAUUCAGAAGUAAAACGGCUAAAGAAAAUGGGGCUGCUGAUAUGAUGAAAAUGAAAUGGGAUUACACUGCUGCCAAUGUUGCUCAAAAAUGGGCAGAUCAAUGCGUAUUCAAACACAGCACGAAUAAGUAUGGAGAAAAUCUCUUCGUUACUACAGCACAAGACGUCUAUAAGGCUAUGGAUCAAUCUGUUAAUUCUUGGUUCAACGAAGUGCGAUUCUAUAAUUACAAUUAUGAUUGCUAUUCGGAUUCAUGCUUUAAAAAAGUUGGACACUAUACACAGGUAAAAUAUACAAACAGAAUGUGA